GUUUGCCAUAACAGCUGUGCGAUGACUCAAUGGAGGUGUGAAGACCGCAGUGAGAGUGAAGCAAGUUUGUGAAAUCGCUGUCAGUUGUUAUGCCCUGUUCGCAUGGUAAACUGACGGAAACAUAGCAAAAAUGAGUUUGUUCGGGAAAAAGAUGUCGCCUGCAGAGCAAAUGCGGCAGCAAAAUAGGGAGCUUCGAAAGACGGAGAGAGACAUCGAGAGGGACAGGCGCCAGCUGGAGAGGCAGGAGAAGCAGCUGGAACUCGAAAUUAAGAAGGCUGCUAGUCAAGGAAAUAAGCAGGUAUGCACGGUUUUAGCGAAGCAGCUUGUGCAAUUGCGAAAGCAGAAGGCGAGGACAUACGCUGCGUCGUCCAAAGUCCAAGCCAUCGGCUCACAGUCUAAGCUGAUGAAUGCGAACGUGAAACUUGCGAAUGCAAUGGCCACCACUGCUAAGACUAUGGGUGAAGUGAACAAACAGAUCAAGCCUCAGGACAUUGCCAAGACAAUGCAAGACUUUGAGAAGGAGAGUACGAAAAUGGGAAUGACCGAGGAACUAGUUGAAGACACACUUAAUUCUAUCCUGGAUGAAUCCGGUGACGAGGAGGAGCAGGACGCCAUUGUUAACAAGGUUCUUGAUGAAAUUGGCAUCGAGAUGUCCGGCAAGCUUGCUACUGCUCCAUCUGCAAGGUCUGACCCUCUUGGUGAGAGUUCAAAGGCACGCCUGCCAACUGAUGAUGAAAUAGAACGCCAGCUUGCCAAGUUAAAGACAUGAACAGCCACCUGUUUUGCUUUCCUGCUAAGCCUUGUGUAAAGAAACUUCUGUAAUACUAUAGAGUGCAACUGGUUGUGAUAUUGCCAUUAAGUUGCAUGGCAAGAACUGUUACUCACUUGGAGCCUGUUUAACUUUUGUAUUUUUGCAACCAUGUGCAAAUUUUGCAUAAACCAAUCUUCCAUGCACAAUACACAUGUGGCACCAAAGAACAUUUUGUCCUUGUUUUACCAACUGCCUGCUUUCGACAUCUGCAUUUUUUAAAAUUUCGAAUGAGAAGCUUUUUCAACUCAUGCCUGUUUGGAAAGCUCAGCUCUUCACACUGAGUCAUGAAGUAGUCUUGCUGUUAUGAUUUGUGGUGUUGAAUCCAGUGUGCACCAAAAUCAGACAAAAUAAAUUAGUGAGCAGCAGCA